AUGGUCUCUCGCAAGACCUCCCUCCCAUACUUCAAUAGUCCUCCUGAUCAACCAGUUUAUACAAAUCACAACCCCAGCCAUGAGAGUAACCUCAUCCCCGAUUCAGCCGAUGUCCCUCCCGUCCUGCAACCCGCCCGAAGGUCCCCUCAAUUCCAACCCAAUACUUCAUUCGAUAAUACGGACAACCCAUGGUCUGAUGCUCCACAGAAUGAGCUAAGGUCUGAUCGUCCACUGCCUGAUUUCCUCAAGCCUGGUGCUCGUACUCCAGACAACGCUUCCUCCACUUCUUUCGCAAACAUCCCUAACAUCCUUCGAGCCGGUCAUGCGGGUGAAGAUACACCCAGGUCCUCUCUCGAUAGUCAGAGAUCAAAGGACUUCUGGGAUGACUCGGAUGAUGCUAAUGACGCGGACAAGAAGGCUUUGAAGAAGAGCCCCAAACAAAGUCCCAAGAAGCCCAAAACAGGGCAGAUCGACCUCUCCAAAGAUGAUCCUUGGGUUUCGGUCGACCCGCCUACAAAGUCACCUGGAAUCAAGAGGAAACCCGUGGCGGUAUCGCCCCAAACUUCCAAACCCGAUCUGACCGCACCAGCGGGACUAGCCUCCAACAAUCCUUUCAGACGUCCAUCAGAGGGAGCAAUCGCGCCAGACUGGGCCCAUGAAGGGAACACAACAGCCAAGGGUAAAGCACCCGUCAGAGACAAUGCCGAGCUAUCGAACCAUCCGUCACCAUAUGAGUUUCCAGGAUCGCAGGUGCAGGGCAGCACCGUCCCCAGUUUGCCCUCCUAUAGCAGCUACCAGCAUGGUCAAACUGAUUCUGAAGCAUGGGGAAGCCAACCACAAUCACUUCCACCCAUGCCACAAAACGCUCCCCCACCGCCACCACCGGCCCCCGCCGCAGAACCUUUAUCGCCGUUCAGCAAGCAAGCCCCCCUAAUACCCAUGGAGCCGCAACGGACGGGUGCCUCAGACAAUCCUUGGGCCACUCCUGCGCGAGCUGGCGGUGCAACGCCCUCUCCAAUUCCCUUUCCGCUCUCACAAAAGUCGGAGUCGACGUACAACAAUGAUUUGCUCGACCGUGGCAUGCAAACUGGUAUCGUGUCAUUGAGGGACGAGCUUUCCACUCUCCCAAAUGCUGUUGAACCAAUCAAACCAGCUCAAACUGAACACUCCCUUUUAGAAGAUGAUGAAGAACCGGGUCCUCCUUUACCUGUCCGCCCGGUACAGCGUGCAGAAACGGAAUAUUUUGAACCUCCCGAAGGACCGCCCCCAGCAAAACCUCCACGACCAACAUUACGAACGACUGCCCCUUCAGAGCAGGAAAUUGCAAAGCUUCUUGAACAAAGAAAUGAGACAUAUCAAGUGAAACAUUUCAAUUGGUUUGACCACAGUUCUCGCAGGCUUCGAGCGUCUUCGAUGUUGACCCAGAACAGAAAUGGCCCAUGUCCCCUUCUCGCACUGGUGAAUGCUUUGAUCCUAGGUGCUGGGGACGAGUCUCAACCAACAUUGGAUGACGCCCUGCGUGCAAGAGAACAAGUCACUUUGGGUCUCAUUAUCGAGACCCUCAUGGAUGAACUACUCUCAAGAGGAUUUGAGAAUGCUGGAGAAACAUUGCCCGACGUUGACGAAUUGAACGCCUUCUUAUUGCGAUUACGCACGGGUAUGAAUGCCAAUCCUCGUUUUGUGGCACCAAAUAUCCCUCCACCUAAUCUUAUGGAUGCUGAUGACUCGAUGUUAAAUGUUCCUCAGCAACAACGAGCAUAUUAUAAAUCUGGCACAUUCGAAGCCACUACUGAUAUGAAAUUGUACGGCGCUUUCUCAGUGCCCCUAAUUCAUGGCUGGCUCCCAGAGCCAGGUUCAGAUGCUGCCAAGGCAUUCUCAAGAUCCGCUCAAACAUAUGAGGACGCCCAAGCUCUGCAAUUUGGCGAAGAGGAAUUAGAGUACAAAUUGAGAAACUCUUCUUUGACACCAGACGAACAGAAUAUGUGGCAAGAUAUCAGUUCAAUCAAGAAUUUCUUCAAGACUUAUCCCACGCAACUCACUCCAACAGGUCUCGAAGCGGUACAAGAUUCCAUCCCGUCAGGCUCCUUUGCCAUAAUGUUCCGAAAUGAUCAUUUCAGCACGAUAUAUAAGCAUCCUGAGUCAGGACAACUUUUCACGCUUAUCACAGAUGCAGGUUAUGCUGAUAGAGACGAGAUAAUAUGGGAGAGCUUGGUCGAUAUCAAUGGAAAGCAUACUGAAUUCUUCUCAGGAGAUUUUAUGCCUGUCAGCCACAACGCACCAGCAGAUGAGUCCAAUACUCAUCCUGCCCGUCGAUCCUCGAUGCUCUUAUCAGUCAACACACCUUCGAAUGCCAACGCUCCGUUGUCACCUCAAGAACAGCAGGAACAGCAUGAUGCCGAUUUUGCGAUGGCUUUGCAACUCCAAGAGGAAGAAGAGCAGAGGCAACGAGCUGAGAGGAAUCGACGAAGAAGUGGUCAAAACCAAGCUGGAAACUCCAAUCCUAAUAACAGCAAUGGUAACAACAAUAACAACAGCAACCCCAACAACAAUAAUCGAAGACCUGGUGGAAACAUCCCAAUCCCUCUGCCAAGUCGACCACAAGAAGCACGGCCAUCAAUCCCACCACGUACUUCUAGGAAUCCGAACCCGGCGGUAAAUCGACCGUCUGAUGCGGAUGCAGAUGAUGCACCGCCAGCCUAUGAAGAGGCGGCCAAAGGACGACCCUAUAUACCCCCAAUGGGUAGUCCACUACAUCCACAAUCAGAUCCAAGCCCAAUGAACUCGAAUGCGCAGUUGGUCGGUACGAUCAGCAACAACUCAGCCACUUCAGGCCUUGACAGUCACCCACCAGGCCCUAACGUGGCCAUGGGAAGAAGGCAACCUGGACGAAGAAUGAGUGCGUACAAUGAACAAGUCCAAGGUCAAUAUUACAAUUCACCUCAGCGAAUGUAUGGGAUGAAUGUUGCCCAAGGUAUGGGUCAGCCAGGUCCCUCUCGUCCUGUCAAUAGACAGGACCGCGAUUGCAUAGUAAUGUGA